AUGAGACUUCGCAACACCAUUCGUCCACCUGAAAGAUACAAGGCUGAGGAGUUCUACGCGCCAUUCACACCCAAAUCCGCGCGGGAGCGAAGUGGUCAACGCGUCCCAGCCUAUGUCGAUUAUGACCCGAACCUACCUCCUGCAGCGUUUCCGACGCUAGACAGACCACGAGCAGCAGAGUCGAAUGCGAACAGGUACAGCAAAGAAGACAACGGAUAUGGAAAUGGCACCCGAGGUGACAACCGUGGAACGCCCGAAGAAGGCAACAUCAGGGGCAUGUUGACGGAUCACCUAAAUACAGACGUCGUGAGCCAUAGGGUUGGACAUGUUGGACAUCCUACUCAUAUCGCCAACACGGUUUCCGGGCUCAGAGGACCAGGCCGGUCGUCUACAGGCAUGGGUGACAAUGACCUUAACGAUCUGGGUGGGCUCAGCUUUCAAGAAUAUAUGAUGGAGCCUGAGACUUCCCAUUAUGACCUUGAUUGGAGUCAUCUCUCCCCUCAGCUACAAGUCGAGAUAUUCAGCAACCUUCUUCAACAUCACGAGUGGCCAGCCGUAUGCCGCAUGCUAGGAAUGAUCGAUCACGAGGAACAACAAAUACAGGAAGCCCUCGACAGACGCAAGGCACAAAUCUCGUUGGAAAACUACUGCAUGAAGGAUAUGAGGCAGAGGCAGCUCAGGGCUCUUCUGAGAAGAGACAACAGUGCUAAGCACAAAGAAAUGCACGAGGAGCUCUUGUUCCGCAAGAUUUCUCGACAGUCUACGCUAAGGUUAAUUGGGAGGCCUGAGAUCGACUAUUUCUCAUGCAGGGAGUCGGAUCUUGCGAAAGCCGAACUGUUCACACGAAAGCGUGCGCUUGAUCCGUGGGUUAUUGGAGAAUGGAGCAACGGUACUGUCACGUCCACCUCAUCACCAGCCUCUACAUCUGCAAAUGGCAAUAUGGCUUCCGUUGCCAUGGACAAGCGUCGACUCACCAUGAAGAGUGUCGAGACAGCAUCUGCUUUUGAUCCACACGGCCUACAAUUAUGUGGGGGAGACUCAACAGUCGUCUCGAGCCAACAACAACCCCUGCACCAGUCCAUGCACGACCAUCGGGUAGUUCGGCUCAACGUUGAAGCACAGAGAGCCGCUCAAAUCCAUGACUUCGAACCGGAUGACGAACCUAAUCGAUUUCACGUGGGAUUCCCCGAGAUUGAGUAUCAUCAUCGGGGCAGGUCUUGUGAGAUACCAGCGUGGAUCAGCGAGCCGCAUAAACGAUCUGCGUCAACAUCUCCUAGCUCUACAGCUGAGAAUGCAUCAGGACCUUUGUGGACAACACUAGGUAGGGACAGGCCAUGCAACUCUGCUGAGCCCAGGUUGGAGCCUCGCAGCUCCUCUAUCAGGCUGCGAGAGAGACUUGAGCAAGUCCACCUGGAAGCACAGCGACAGAGGGAACAAGCGCAAACAGUUCGCACUGGAAUACAGUCACCGCCGGCAUCCCCCGUCAUACUUAUGUCUGAAGACGGCAUUAACGAGCUCUACGCAAGCGACAACGACUCGUACUCGGCUAUUAGCAUCAGCACACGCGACCAACGCUCAUAUUCUACAGAUGUAACAAGUGAGGUGUCAGAUGAGAUGAGCGGACGGAGCUCUGCGUACAGACCUCCCACUCCCCCAAUGUCAGCGAUCCGGCCCAGCUUCGCGCCUCCGACUCCAGUCAGUGAGUGUAAAUAUGAGGCUUAUGUGCAAGACGAAGGCGGUUGUGGAUACGAGGAAGAUGAAAUGAUCUUGGUCCGACAGAUUGUUGAGGAUCAUCAACCCGACUUUCCGGACGCAGAGUCAGAGGGCCGGAUGAUAUUUGACAUGGCAGAUGAAUGA